CGUUGCGCGGCUCGCGUCAUCAGUUUCGCAACGAACGCGACGCAGUAAGUGCGAUAAGUGGCACGAAGUGUCGACUUGCAAAUCAAAUCAUCGAAGUCUUAAAAACGCUAUUGUUAGUGAUUACCGUCGAAAUAGUUAAAGAGAAGAGAGACUAACGAUGUCGAAAGCACCGGCAGUUGGAAUCGACCUGGGCACCACGUAUUCGUGCGUGGGUGUCUUCCAGCAUGGAAAGGUUGAGAUCAUCGCCAAUGACCAGGGUAACCGGACCACACCAAGCUAUGUAGCCUUCACCGACACCGAGAGGCUGAUCGGCGAUGCGGCGAAGAAUCAGGUUGCUAUGAAUCCUAGCAAUACCAUCUUCGAUGCAAAGCGUUUGAUCGGUCGUCGUUUCGAUGAUGCGACGGUGCAGAGCGACAUGAAGCACUGGCCGUUCACGGUGGUCAACGAUGGCGGCAAACCAAAGAUCGAAGUGUCUUACAAGGGUGAAAUGAAGACUUUCUUUCCCGAGGAGGUGUCCUCUAUGGUCUUGACGAAGAUGAAGGAGACGGCGGAGGCGUACCUGGGCAAGACUAUAACAAAUGCCGUCAUCACUGUGCCGGCUUAUUUCAAUGACUCUCAGAGACAAGCGACAAAGGAUGCCGGCGCUAUUGCUGGCUUGAACGUUCUCAGAAUAAUAAACGAGCCCACAGCCGCCGCGAUAGCAUAUGGUCUCGAUAAAAAGGCUGCAGGUGAAAAGAACGUUCUGAUCUUUGACUUAGGUGGUGGUACCUUUGACGUGUCGAUUCUGACGAUCGAGGAUGGUAUCUUCGAGGUAAAAUCCACGGCUGGCGACACGCAUCUCGGUGGCGAGGACUUUGAUAACCGAAUGGUGAACCACUUUGUGCAAGAAUUCAAGAGGAAAUACAAGAAAGAUCUGAGCAGUAACAAGAGAGCUCUGAGACGCUUAAGGACUGCUUGCGAGAGAGCGAAGAGAACGUUGAGCUCGUCGACGCAGGCGAGCAUUGAGAUCGAUUCAUUGUUUGAGGGGAUUGACUUCUAUACGUCGGUCACUAGAGCCAGGUUCGAGGAACUUUGCGCUGAUCUGUUUAGAAGCACUCUCGAACCCGUGGAGAAGGCUCUUAGAGAUGCGAAGAUGGAUAAAGCUCAAGUUCACAGCAUCGUUCUAGUUGGUGGCUCCACCAGGAUACCAAAAAUUCAGAAGCUACUUCAAGAUUUCUUUAACGGCAAGGAACUGAACAAAUCCAUUAAUCCGGACGAGGCUGUUGCUUAUGGUGCAGCAGUUCAGGCGGCCAUUCUGCACGGCGACAAGUCCGAGGAAGUCCAAGAUCUACUUCUGCUGGACGUGACUCCGUUAUCAUUGGGUAUUGAGACCGCUGGCGGCGUUAUGACCACCUUGAUCAAGAGGAACACGACGAUACCAACGAAACAGACCCAGACGUUCACCACAUACUCUGACAAUCAACCGGGAGUGCUCAUCCAAGUCUACGAGGGAGAGAGAGCUAUGACGAAAGAUAAUAACAUCCUUGGCAAAUUUGAGCUGACGGGUAUUCCUCCAGCGCCUAGAGGUGUACCGCAAAUCGAAGUCACUUUCGAUAUCGACGCCAACGGUAUAUUGAAUGUCUCUGCGAUCGAGAAAUCUACGGGCAAGGAAAAUAAGAUCACGAUUACCAACGAUAAAGGUCGCUUGUCGAAAGAAGACAUAGAAAGGAUGGUGAAUGAAGCCGAGAAGUACCGAUCGGAGGACGAGCAGCAGCGGGAGAGGAUUUCCGCCAAGAAUGCUCUCGAGUCAUAUUGCUUCAACAUGAAGAGCACGAUGGAGGACGACAAAGUUAAAGAUAAGAUCGAUGCGUCCGAUAAGGAGAAAGUUCUUUCUAAAUGCAACGAAGUCGUCUCCUGGUUGGAUGCCAAUCAAUUGGCAGAGAAGGAAGAGUUCGUCGACAAGCAGAAGGAACUGGAAGCUUUAUGCAAUCCCAUCGUCACAAAACUAUACCAAAGUGGUGGAGUGCCUGGUGGGUUCCCUGGUGCUGGCGGAGCAGGAGCCAAUCCUGGUGCCGGUGGCGCUGGACCAACCAUUGAGGAAGUUGAUUAAAUGAAAUCACGAACUCCUAUUCUUCUUUUAUUACAAUUACACUAAAUUUCGUAUCAUUUAAUUUUGUUUCACAUUCAACAACACUUUAUCGUU